UGCUCAGCUCCGCGGUAAUGGAGGCUGAGGAUGAGUGCUGACCCGGCCCGGCUCUGCCUUUUACUUUAGCUCUGGCUCUAACUCUGGUACUGACGUGGGGCUGGGGCUGGGGCGGGGGCUGGCAGCCCGAAGCCUUGAUACCUUUUCCCGACUUUCCGGGCGGGGACGGCCUGCGGACAACCAGCUGGUUUGGAGCGCUUCAACGCAGGGAGGGAAUUCUCUUGCCUGGGGUCCAGCCUGUAAAGCCACCGCGUUCUCUUAGGGAUCCCGCCCCGCCGGCCGGGCCUCCUCCAUGCAGUUGAAACAGGUUGACAGCCAUUAACCUGGGUUGCAACUACAGGUGGCACUGGAAGCAGAUUGGUUCCCGGACAUGCCCGGUGGAAGGAGGGGCCCUAGUCGGCAGCAGCUAAGCCGUUCAGCUUUACCUUCUUUACAGACUUUGGUUGGUGGGGGCUGCGGCAAUGGAACAGGCCUGAGAAACAGGAAUGGUAGUGCUAUUGGCCUUCCGGUCCCACCUAUCACAGCCUUAAUCACCCCUGGUCCUGUUCGUCAUUGCCAAAUUCCUGAUUUGCCUGUGGAUGGAAGCCUGCUCUUUGAAUUUCUCUUUUUCAUCUACCUGCUGGUUGCUCUGUUUAUUCAAUACAUCAAUAUCUAUAAAACAGUGUGGUGGUAUCCUUAUAAUCAUCCUGCUUCUUGUACUUCACUGAAUUUUCAUCUCAUUGAUUACCACCUGGCAGCAUUCAUCACAGUGAUGCUUGCAAGGAGGCUGGUGUGGGCCCUCAUCUCCGAGGCCACUAAGGCGGGUACAGCAUCUAUGAUUCACUACAUGGUUCUGAUAUCAGCUCGCUUGGUGCUACUCACUUUAUGUGGAUGGGUACUUUGUUGGACCCUCGUCAAUCUCUUCCGGAGCCAUUCAGUCCUCAAUCUCCUUUUCCUUGGCUACCCGUUUGGUGUUUAUGUUCCUCUCUGCUGUUUCCACCAAGAUAGUAGAGCUCAUCUUCUUCUCACAGACUAUAACUACAUGGUUCAGCAUCAGGCGGUAGAAGAAAGUGCCUCAACUGUGGGUGGCUUGGCCAAAUCCAAAGACUUCCUCUCCUUAUUGCUGGAGUCUCUGAAAGAACAGUUUAAUAAUGCCACGCCCAUCCCCACGCACAGCUGCCCCCUCUCUCCAGACCUCAUUCGCAAUGAAGUGGAAUGUCUGAAAGCGGAUUUCAACCACAGAAUCAAGGAAGUUCUCUUCAACUCCCUCUUCAGUGCCUACUAUGUUGCAUUUCUCCCCCUGUGUUUUGUGAAGAGUACCCAGUACUAUGACAUGCGCUGGUCAUGUGAGCACCUCAUUAUGGUGUGGAUCAAUGCUUUUGUCAUGCUCACCACACAACUGCUGCCGUCUAAAUACUGUGAUUUGCUACAUAAAUCAGCCGCUCACCUGGGCAAGUGGCAGAAGCUUGAACAUGGGUCCUACAGCAAUGCUCCACAGCACAUUUGGUCAGAAAAUACAAUAUGGCCUCAAGGGGUGCUGGUGCGACACAGCAGAUGCUUGUAUAGAGCCAUGGGGCCUUACAACGUGGCAGUGCCUUCAGACGUAUCCCAUGCCCGCUUUUAUUUCCUAUUUCAUCGUCCAUUAAGGCUGUUAAAUCUGCUUAUCCUUAUUGAGGGCAGUGUCGUCUUCUACCAGCUCUAUUCCUUGCUGCGGUCGGAGAAGUGGAACCACACACUUUCCAUGGCUCUCAUCCUCUUCUGCAACUACUAUGUUUUAUUUAAACUUCUCCGGGACAGAAUAGUAUUAGGCAGGGCAUACUCCUACCCACUCAACAGUUAUGAACUCAAGGCAAACUAAGCUGCCUCUCAACAAUGAGAGAGAACUCAGAUAAAAAUAUUUUCAUACGUUCUAUUUUUUUCUUGCGAUUUUUAUAAGUAUUUAAGAUAUUUUAUAUUUUGUAUACUAUUAUGUUUUGAAAGGUGGGAAGGGUAAGGGAUAUUAAAUGUAUCCACAAACAAGGUGAUGUGAUCUUUCAUGUGUUAGUACAUUUGAAUAAUAACACAGGAUGAGAGGUGUGCCUCUCCAGUAAAGAGAUUGAUUUGUUCGUA